AAUUGACAGGUGUGUCGAGUCUUGGCAGAGAACAAGACGGAAAGAGAAUGUAAACAAUCAAACCUUAUGAAACGCUGUUUGGUCACGAUACAGAUUAUGACAACAAUGAAUUUGCAUUUUUAGUUAAACACGAGUUGAAGUGUAAAAAUGGAGCCUUGCUGAGUUCAUGGAAAAUUUUCAGUCUCCUGUCAAACUGAAAGUGACUGUCACUCUGAGAGCAGAUAAGAAUGGAUGAUCUAGAAAUGAGAAGGGCCCAGGCCCAUCUGUAUGAGCGAGUGGUGAGGGGAGACAGUGAUAUUGAAUUAUUGUUCCAGAAAUACAAAGACCUGUUGGAUAUGCAAAUUACUAUGGGUACAACCCAGACGUGCAUUUGUUUAAAGUUUUUGGAGAGCCAUCCACUGAGGCACGAAAAUGCCCUUAAUGAAGGACUAAACAUUGUGCUGGGUGACAUUACCAGGGGAAAAUGUCGCUGUAGGACGGAGGACCUAAAUCAGUCCAACAGUGUCUCUGCCACUAUAAGCCUGGUACAUGCCGCCGCUGGCUUUGGACACAUAAAAAUUCUGUCUUUACUGAAUAAAUACAGAUGUGAUAUGAAUGCCAAGACAACGAGUCACAAAACCCCCUUAUAUUAUGCAGUGAAGAACAGACAGUUAGAUGUCAUAGACUUCUUAUUGGGCAUAGGAGUUGAUGUGAAUGUUCUUGUUUAUCCUGAAAAAUACACUGCACUUCAUGAAGCAGUUCAUUUACGGUACAUGGAUGUUGUCAAUAAACUUUUAACUGUGAAGAAUUUGAAAAUAAACAUAAAAAAUACCAAAGGAGAAUCCCCCCUUGUUCAUGCUGUUCGAAUUCAUUUCUAUGAGGCAUUUGAGUCUCUUCUGGAAGCCGGGGCUAAAUGCGAUGUUCAGGAUGAAAAGGGGAACACUGCUCUUAUGAUGGCAGUCAUUCGUGGCAUGGAUUAUGUUCGACCACUUAUCAAAAAAGGGGCCAACCUCAACAUAAAAAAUAAAAGGAAUCAAACUGCCCUGUCAUUUGCCUUGCACCUACUCAUGGCAGAGGACACAGAAAUGGUGUGUUAUUUGGUCGAGAAUGGAGCAGACCCCAAUGUGACAGGAGAUGAUGGUAACCCACCUAUUGUACUCUCAAGCAUUGCAGGCGCCUUUGAUGUGGCGCAGAAACUUAUUAAACAUGGGGCAGAGGUAACAUCUAAGAAUGCGCAAGGUUACAAUGCCUUACAUAUAGCUGCAUGGAAUGGCUAUAACGAUAUUGUUGAUCUGUUGCUUAAAACAGGAAUGGAGCAUGACACACGGACUAAUGAUGGCAACACUCCACUGUCCUUGGCUGCCCAUGGAAACCAUCUUGAAGUUAUCAACAUGUUGCUACCUCUGGGAUGUAAUGUUAACAAUGUCGACAAAGAUGAUGACACACCACUACUGUAUGCCACAUUCAACAGCAAUUUAAAAAUGGUCUGCAAGCUGGUGAACGCUGGGGCAGACCCAGACUGUAGAAACCAUCACAACACCACCCCACUGUGGAAUGCUGUCUACAAAAAUGACCAGGAUACCAUCAGAUAUUUACUAGUAAAGAAUGUGGAACUGGAGGUGUCAUCACGAGGCAUAGACCAGCAUGCUCAAUCAGACGUUGCCACUGUAAUAUAUCCAGUGCCGAGAUCACUGCUUUAUGUGGCGGCCCUUCAGUGUUCUGUCGAUGUAGUGAUGACUCUCAUUCUGGCUGGCUACAACAUUUACCGAGAGCAAUGGGUCGUAGAUCGUGAAUUCCCUUACGACAGUUCCCCACUAUUGCGAAGGAUGUUGAUUAAUUUUUCUUCCUCUCCUCCUCGCCUUUUGGCCCUGUGCAGAGUGUUUUUUAGAAGAAGAUUCAAAGGAAACUUGGAGGAGAAUGUUAGUUCUUUGGAUAUUCCUGGAAAUCUCAAAAAUAAUCUGAUGUUGAAAAAUCUCAUCCCAGAGGAAUUCUUUAAGAUGUAGAAUCAUCUUAAAUAGUUGUUUUUGUAUUGUCAAAAAGUUUGUUUCUUGCAGUUAUAUUAUCUGUAUUAUUUGUUGGCUUGUACUUGAAAACAGUAGUGAAGAGCUUUAUGAUAGAUUUAAUGAUCCUACUACCCAGACUAUGAAGAUCACCUCAUUAUAUUCAAAGAAUAAUAAUUCCUUUUUCACUUAAUUAAUAUAUUUAUAUAGUUUUCAGCAAAUGAACGAUUUUAAAUAUUAAAUUAAUUACAUUUUUACAUUAUUUCCAUUUUGAAUAAUUUUGCAGACCCCGCUUGCCCAUGCCACAACAUUCAAUCAUUUUCAUCAUUGAUGAAAUGUAUUAAACUAUGUUAUAAAGACUCUUACAGUGAUCAAAAACAUUGGAAAAUCUAAAUAUACUGGAAUAAGGAUCAUGUACAUAAAAGAACUUUGGUUCUUUCUAAUUUCCCUUUUCUAUGCUCUUUGUUUUUUAAUGUUGCAAAAUAAUAGUAGUUGAACCUAUCAAUAUAGCAUAGCUGUAGGUGCAAACUGCUUUUUCGAAAUUUAUUCCUUAGUUGCAUGAGACCGACUUUGUGCAACAAUUGUUUUAAAUUAUCAGUAUUGACCCCACUCCCACCCCCCCUUCCCAGAAUAAAUUGUUGUCAGUGAUUUAUCAUUCAUUUCUCUUUGUUUAAUUUAUUAAUCAUGUACUGUACAGUAAAAUACAUUGUACACAAUUCUCUUAACAGAGAUAUUAACCUACAAGUCUUUCAUCUCUGUUCAUUGCAAAUCAAUGAAAAAUUAACCUUUAUGGGGCAUAUUGUCUCGCUCAAAUUAACGGAUUUCUGCUCUAAAUUCUUGUUUAUGACCAAAGGAUAUGCUGAUACAUUAUUUGUCCAUCAUGCUGUUUUCGUGAUCUAAUUAUUUGUUCUUAACUCCUAAUAAAAAUUCUAGAUCAUUUACAAAUCUUGAUGUUUUUCUCUGUUGAAUUGAUUUUACAAUGAAAUGGAACAGAAUUAUUAAGAAAAAAUAUAUUUUCUCUGAAGUUGAAUCGUAUUUAUAAAUUAUUAACAAAACUGAUCAUUUGCAUGGAAGAUGAGAAUAGAAAGGUUCAUUUAUAAGCAAUUAUUUUACUUAGACCAAAUUAAGCAGCAUUAAUAAUAUAUAAGGGAGAUAAAUACAACCUGUCUCUUCUGACCACAAAACAAAGGUAAUGAGAACAGACUAGACUGCACAAACAAGAAUAAUUGUUUCUAUAUCCCACAUACUGUUAAUCCCAUUUACUGAUUUAGAUAUUUUUUUCAUGUGUUACACAUUUUGUGAAAAUUCUUAGAUUAAUUUUUAGUUAAGGUUAUUUUUUGUGAAAAAAAGUUUCAU